GGGAGUCGACCUUGGAUGCAUGACAAGGCAAUUAUCAGAUGCUGCAGGUGGAGACGUCACAGCUCGUAUAAAAAGAGGAUGCUGCACAGAGCACGUCCUCCACUCGUACCGAGCAUCUGCCGCCAUCCCACACGCGCUCUCCCGUCUGUCUUUUUCCUGGAUGUCAUGGCCAACUCGGCACUGCAGCUCAUCGGCUUCUUCCUGUCCCUGACUGGUCUGGCCGUCACCAUGAUGGCCACCGUCAUGGUGGAGUGGAAACGGCACUUCCAGGGCAAGUCGCACAGCAUCUACGAGGGCCUGUGGAUGAGCUGCAGCGGGGAGCACAGGACCACCUGCGAGCUGCACGAGUCCGUCCUGGAACUGCCGUUUGAGAUCCAGAUAACCAGGGCGUUGCUGCUGCUCAGCAUCUUCCUGUCGGCCGUGGCGUUGCUGGUCUCCACCGUGGGAAUGAAGUGCACCCGCUUUAUGGACAACAAGGCCAUCAAGUCUGGAGUGGCGAGGAUUGGAGGGAUUAUUUUCAUGCUUUCAGGUAUUAUGACAUUCGGCGUGACGUCCUGGUUUGUCAAGAAGAUAGUUCACAAGGUUCAUGAGUCCCAUCAUCUCCACAGCUUUGAGUUUGGUCGGGCGGUGUUUGUCAGCUGGGCCGCCGGCCUCCUCACCACGGCGGGCGGAGCGUUCCUGACCUGCGGGAGGUGCUCCAGGUCGUCUGCGUCCAGCUCCAUUAGCUCCAACCACCUCAUGUCGCCGAGCCCCACAGCAACCACGUCCAGUCAAAAGGUUCAGGAUCACAAUCAAUGUCACGACUACUUAUGAAUUCUUAUCUACCGAGCCUUUCUGCUAAAUGUACACCACAUGAUUUAUACUAGGAACUCUUUCAGCAUUUACUUUUCUAUUGUUGCAUACUAUAAAUGACUUUUUGUACAGAUUUUGAAUAUGAGAAAUAAAGUAAUGUGAUUAUC